GGAUGUGAGGCGCUAGGGCGAUCACGCAAUCGCUCACCUUUCGCGUGCGGCGUCCUCUACCGACAAAUUUGGAACGGCCAGCGGGUCCGAUAUAGGGCCUUAAAUUGACUUGACUCUUGCAUCUGGACCUCGCAUAAAAAGUUAGGGCCCUGAGGGUUUUUGGAGAACCUGCGAUGCUGCCCUCUCUCGCAUCACCCCAAUUCUGCCCGUUCAAACUUGUUGCUCAGCGAUGGCAGACGUCAAGCUGAGGAGGCCUGAAGAGGCCGUCGCGGCAAUCGCGUACCUCGCAAGCGACGUGGUUGUCUCGGUGCAACCGUCGCUGGCCUCCGAUUCGGAGUUCUCAGGGCUCCUCAAACAGCUCGCCGCAAAGAAGGCACCCAGCUUGGUCGCGAAGACCAGCGACGCCGUGCCCGAGAUUCAGUCCGUUAGGCACAACACCGACCCUCUCCUGUCCGUUUUCACGCCCAUCCGCUCUGGCCGUCUGGUCUCGGUGACGACGACGUCCUCCAUUCUUCUUCCCUCAGUUGCGCACCUUUACAAGCUCGCAAACUUCCCCGUCGUGCUCCACGUCGCUCUUGCACCAAAGAGUUUCCCUGACUACACGGCCAUCACAUCGAUCCGGAACUCGGGCUGGACAUUCUUGCAGUCAUGGUCGCUACAGGAGGCUCACGACAUUGCCCUGACAGCGCAUGCCCUGGCUAUCCGUUCUGGAAAGGGUGUCAUCCACUUCUUUGACCCCACCUCCAGUGCCGGCGCUGAGGCGAUCGAUGUUGCCAGUCUUGAUGUCAUCCGCAACAUCUUGAACUUGGACAAUGUGCGGAGGUUCCAGUCGGCUCCCAUUGCCGGCUCUAGCAUCUAUGCCGACGAUGGGCGGGUUGCCGUCGUCUCUGACCAGCCAGAGAGCCUCGCGACAGGCACCGUGCCGGUGGACGGCGUCCCGACCCCUAGCGCCGCGUUGGCAUCCCCGACCAUUACCUCGCAGUCCUCGGUCAAGUCUAGCCAACAACCGAGCGCGGCCAGUUCCCCUCCCCUCCCGUCUGCUGCGACCACGAUCGAACCGGCAGCUGCCAUUGUCUCAUCCGAAGACAUCUACAAAUACGUCUCCUCGAUCUGGUCCCAGCUCAACGACCUAACGGGAAGGCAAUACAGCGCGUUUGAGUGGUCGGGGAACCCCAAGGCGGAGAGCUGUCUCUUUCUUUUCGGCUCCGACGUAUCGCUCUUCUCAGAUGCGAUCGCCCAUGCACAGGCUGACGAAUCGUUCGCCACUGCCGAUUUGCUAGUCCCGAGGCUAUACCGGCCCUGGCUCGGCGCGACGCUGCUUCAAGCCCUUCCAAAGUCGGUGAAGAAGUUAGCUGUUCUUGAGCAGGUCUCAAGGAAGACCACAAAGUGGGGCCCCAUCCUCAUUGAUGUCCUGACCUCAGUCAAGAGCGCCGCUGGCGGUGUUGAGACCAUCGUCGGCCACCAGCUAGGGUACAUCUCCAAGGAGACUGUGCAGCAGGCCCUUCGUGGCGUGUUCCAGAAUCUGAACUCAGACAAGCCAGUCCAGAACCUGGAGGUUGGCGAACGGGAAGCCCCCCAACAAUCCCCAGAGUAUGGGCUAGAACAGCCCAAGCUGGAGACGGCUUAUACCAAGAUUCUCAACCAGCUCUUUGGCGACAGGGCGUUCAUUGCCAACUCGCUUGACUCUGACAACGCUGGCAUCUCCAACACCAUUUCCGCAACCCCUGAGUUCGGAUUCGGCUCUCUGCUUGCCAGGAAAGAGCGGAGAAAGAAGUUUGUGUCCGAAGUCAAGGCUGCUGCUAGCUCGGGCCAGUUUCUGACCGAGAACCCCAAGCGGGCACUGGCAAAAUGGGUCGCCAAUGCCGAGGACUCGAAGAAGGCGGAGGAGGCUGCCGAGGACGUCAUCUCCAAGCUCACCAUCGACAACUCGAGGCUGUCGAGGUCACUGCUGCAGAACAAGCACUUCUUCCGCAAGCAGUCACUUUGGCUUGUCGGAUCAGAUGCCUGGUCCUAUGACCUCGGCAAUUCCGGCGUGCACCAUGUCCUAGCCUCCGGCGAGAACGUAAACAUGCUCAUCAUCGAUUCCACCCCAUACUCGGAGCGUGCCGCUGCCGAUGCCAACCGGAGGAAGAAGGACAUUGGUCUCUAUGCCAUGAACUUUGGCAACGCCUAUGUUGCAUCGACGGCCGUCUACAGCUCGUACACGCAGGUGCUGCAGGCCAUGGACGAGGCUGACAAGUUCGACGGGCCUUCGAUCGUCCUGGCAUAUCUUCCUUAUUUUGGCGAAACCGAUUCGCCCCUGACUGUUCUUCAGGAGACCAAGAAGGCUGUUGAUAUCGGCUACUGGCCCCUUUACCGGUGGAACCCUGAGAACGAGAAGAAGAACGAACCCAAUUUCUCCCUGGAUUCCGAGCGGAUCAAGAAGGAGUUGAAGGACUUCCUUGACAGGGACAACCGGCUCACCCAGAUGAUGCGCAGUACUCCUCAGUUCGGCGGCGUCCUCUCCGAGGACUACGGCACCGAGAUCCGGGCACAGCAGAAGAGGCAGGCCAAGGAUGCGUACAAUCAGCUCCUCGAAGGCUUGUUUGGCGCUCCUCUCACUAUCCUCUUCGGCUCGGACAAUGGCAACGCUCAGUCCCUGGCGAAACGGUUGGGCACCAGGGGCAGGGCCCGUGGCCUGAAAACCACUGUCAUGGCCAUGGAGGAUUACCCGGUUGAAGACCUGCCAACCGAGGAGAACCUCGUCAUCAUCACAUCUACAGCUGGACAGGGCGAGUUUCCGCAAAAUGGAAAGCCAUUCUGGGAUGCGAUCAAGGACAACACCGAGCUCGACCUGGCUUCGGUCAAGUACUCUGUGUUUGGCCUCGGCGACAGCCACUACUGGCCUAGGAAGGAGGACCGGGUCUAUUACAAUAAGCCCGCUAAGGACCUUGACAGGGUGUUGGCGAACUUCGGCGCGACAAGGCUGACGGAUCUUGGCCUUGGUGAUGAUCAAGACCCGGAUGGAUAUCAGACGGGCUACCAGGAGUGGGAGCCCAGGCUUUGGGAGGCUCUUGGUGUAGCCAACGUCGAGGGCCUUCCGGAGGAGCCGGCCCCGAUGACCAACGAGGACAUCAAGCUCGCGUCGAACUAUCUGCGCGGCACGAUUGCCGAGGAACUGAAGGACACGUCGACGGGCGCUAUCAGCGCCGCGAACCAGCAGCUGACCAAGUUCCACGGCACGUACAUGCAGGAUGACCGGGAUCUCCGCGAUGAGCGCAAGGCGAAGGGGCUGGAGCCCGCCUACUCGUUCAUGAUCCGGUGCAGGCUGCCCGGUGGUGUCUCGACGGCGAAGCAGUGGAUUCAGAUGGACGACAUCAGCAACGAACUCGGAAACCAAACCAUGAAACUGACUACGCGUCAAACAUUCCAGUUCCACGGUGUUGUGAAGGGCAAGCUCAAGCCUGCCAUGCAGGCCAUCAAUCGGGCCCUCAUGACAACCAUCGCUGCCUGCGGCGAUGUCAAUCGCAACGUCAUGUGCAGUCCGCUGCCUUCUCAGUCCAAGUAUCACCGCCAGGUGUACGAAUGCUCCAAGAAGAUUAGCGACCACCUGUUGCCGUCGACCACGGCGUACCACGAAAUCUGGCUCACGGACGACGACGACAAGAAGACUCAAAUUGCCGGUAAUGCCGUGCAGGACUUUGAGCCGCUCUACGGCCCCACCUAUUUGCCUCGCAAGUUCAAGAUCUCCAUUGCCAUCCCGCCGCAUAACGAUGUUGACGUGUAUGCCCACGACAUUGGCCUCAUCGCCAUCAAGGGCGACGAUGGCAACCUUGAAGGCUUCAACCUGCUGGCGGGCGGUGGCAUGGGCACCACACACAACAACAAGAAGACCUACCCGCAACUUGGCCGCAUGCUCGGAUUUGUCAGGGCCGAUGAAGUGCACAUUGCCUGUGAGAAGGUGAUGCUCGUGCAGCGCGACUACGGUGACCGCAAGAACCGCAAGCACGCUCGGCUCAAAUACACGAUUGAUGAUAUGGGUCUUGACGUGUUCCGGGGCAAGGUGGAGGAGCUUUGGGGUAAGCAGUUCCAGCCGGCACGGCCGUUCCACUUCGACAGCAACGUCGACACGUUCGGCUGGACCAAGGAUGAAAAUGGCAUGAACCACUUCACCUUCUUCAUCGAGAACGGCCGCAUUGAGGACACGGCAGAGUUCCGUAUGAAGACGGGCCUGCGCGAGAUUGCCAAGGUGCACAAGGGCGAGUUCCGCCUCACGCCCAACCAACACCUCAUCCUCAGCAACGUCGCCGACGAGGAUCUGCCCGCCAUCAAGGCGCUCAUGGCCGAGUACAAGCUCGACAAUCUACAAUUCUCAGGGUUGCGCCUCAGCUCGUCGGCCUGCGUCGCCUUCCCGACCUGUGGCCUUGCCAUGGCCGAGUCUGAGCGGUAUUUGCCCGUGCUGAUUUCCAAGUUGGAGGCUUGCCUCGAAGAGAACGGGCUGAGCCGGGACUCGAUCGUCAUGCGUAUGACAGGCUGCCCCAACGGGUGUGCCCGCCCUUGGUUGGCCGAGGUGGCCUUCGUCGGCAAGGCCUAUGGGGCGUACAACAUGUACCUGGGUGGCGGCUACUACGGGCAGCGGCUGAAUAAGCUGUACCGAUCGAGCAUUAAGGAGGACGAGAUUCUGGCCAUCAUGAAGCCCCUGCUCAAGCGGUACGCGCUCGAGCGCAACGAGGGUGAGAGAUUCGGCGACUGGACCAUUCGGGCCGGCAUCAUCAAGGAGACCAAGGAAGGCCGGGACUUCCAUGAUGGGGUUGCCGAAGAGGAGUCGGAUGAGGAGUGAACAAGAUAGGUCAAGCAGGCACAAUCGGAAGUUGUAAAUUAGAAUCACGGGCGCAUGCAUUUGGGAGACAUGAGCACUGCAUUUGUUCUUGGUUACCAUCAUUGCCUCUGGCGUCAAAAAUUCAGCUGCAUAUAUUUGUCCAUAUCCUAUGGUUUCUGCUCCUAUUGUCGCUCUCACACCUUGAUGGUUCGCGUACAUUCCGUACCCUGUGUUGCGCGUCACGGCGAUAUGAUAAGUCUUGAUCAUUGGCCGGCUUUGUGAAACAAAACGGAGGAUUCCGCAUUCUGUGUGCAUGUACGGAGUACCUGCAU